AUUCUCAUUUCUAUUUCAAAAGCACAAUCUAAACUAAUAGUUAUGACUAAAUAGUAGCUUAUGUAUUUUAUUGAGAAAUAUCCUUUUAUGUCAAUUGACCUUCGAAGUUUUCUAUGUUUUAGAAAAGAUUUUUUUUUUCAAUUUUUUUCUUAUGAUGUUUAUUUAAAUAACCGUUUUCUGAUACAGAUGAUGUUGGAUGAGUUAGAAGAUGGAGGAAAAGUUUAUCUUGUCUACCCGAUUAUUGAACUUUCUGAGCAGUUGCCUCAGCUUCGUGCUGCCUCUGCAGAUUUUGGAGUUAUAUCGCACCGAUUUCAAGGAUAUAAUUGUGGCUUACUACAUGGAAAAAUGAGAAGUGAAGAAAAAGAAGAAACAUUAAGAAAGUUUAGAAGUGGAGAAAUACAUAUACUACUUGCAACUCAAGUAAUUGAGAUUGGUGUUGAUGUUCCUGAUGCAUCUAUGAUGGUUGUGUUGAACUCUGAGAGGUUUGGAAUUGCACAACUACACCAACUUAGAGGACGAGUAGGACGUGGUACAAAGCAAUCAAAAUGUAUACUAGUAACAUCAACUGUCAGUAGCCUAAAUCGUUUGAAGGUACUAGAACAAUCAUCAGAUGGGUUUUAUCUUGCUAAUAUGGACCUUCUCUUACGGGGACCUGGUGACUUGCUUGGAAAGAAACAAUCUGGACAUCUUCCUGAGUUUCCUAUUGCCAGAUUGGAAGUUGAUGGGAAUAUUUUACAAGACGCGCAUGUUGCUGCACUGUUGUCAAUCCCGCAUAUGAAGAAUGGGAAGUUCAAGACAAGGUCUUGCUUUCUUUGUACAAUCGACCCUCUCCAAGUCAAUUCUGUCAUGCAUUUUUGUUGCUGUUGAUUCGUAUCAGGUAUGGGAAUAGAUACAUGACCACUUCUCAACUAAGACCAAGGCUUGUGCGAGGCAGCGUCAACUGAUCUUUGACCAACUUCUCUUGAAAACAAGACCAUGCGAAAGUUCUUGGGACACAUCAAGUCCAUUGCUUAUGAACUUGCUAGCAUUGGACGUUCUGUUAAACCAGAAGAAUACACUGAUGCAAUUUUUGCAGGGCUUUCUCUAGAAUAUGCCCCAACCAUCAAAAGUAAAUUUGAAAUGCCUCAGAUUACAGUAGAGGCUCUUCUCCUUGCCCAUGAGUCCAGCAACAAUCGCUUUCUUCGCUCAACUAUUCUGAAUCUUAUAUUAUCAACUGUCUUCAAAAGUUCAAGAACACUCGAAGAACUUCAACCAUUUCUGUUCUUCUGAUUGACUGGUUUAUGGACAUAGUGACACAGUCGUGGUGGCAGAUUUGCAAACUUCCAAUGCCAAAUCCUUCUCAAAUAUGGUCAUACCGCAGACAUUUGGUUAUACCGCGCAGAUACUUCUUACCUACCAAAUGAGUCUCUUGUUUAUGAUCUGUAUUUUCUAGUAUUAUUCUUUCUUAUUAAUGCAUUAUUCUUUAUUAUAGAAAUAAUACCCUAUAGUUGCUUGUCCCGGUCAGUUUUUCACAUGGAAUCAGCGGAACAGUGAUAAAAGUCACUGAAGAGGGGGUACAUGAGUGUGAGCUUUCGGAAGCUCUGGGAAAUGAACAUGAAAUGGGGUUAAAAAGGGGGGCGCCUGGGUGUGAGGAAGGAGGUAGAGGGCGGCAAGUGGGUCGUCCUGGAAACGAGAGAAAAAGACAUAAU